AUGUCUAAAAUUAAGCAAAAGAAAAAAGCCCUCAUCAAGCAUUCAAUCGACCCUGAAAACGAUCACGAAGACCAACUCAGUUAUGACUCCAUCGAUGAUGAACAAUAUUUAAAUCUUUUAUAAGGUCAUGUCCCCAAAUCCCAUAAAGUUGACAUCCAUUUGGGAUCCAAGUAUCAAGGCAAAAAAACAAACAAUCAAUAAUAACACUCUCAAAGUGAAGAUGAUCUCCAAAAUGAAUCCAUCAACAGUGAUGAAAUCCCAGAAUUCAUUGAAAGUGAAUAAGAGGAAUCUGAAGAUUAAUAAUAAAGAAAGACUGUCUAACAAAAACCUAAAAAGAAAUAGAAUUUAAGUACAUUUUAGAAAGAAUUGUAAUAAAUUGAAAAGGAAGAUUUGGAAAUGGUUGAGAAGCAAAAAGAAAAUAAAAAAGAAUUGAAAGAAGUCGCAGAUCAAAUCAAAGAACAAUAGCAAAUUUGGGGAAAUCUAGUUGAAAUUAGAGAAUAAAUGCAAAAAUCAUUAGACGCAGCUAAAAGACUACCUAUUCUCAAGGAUUCCUUUGUUACAGAACUAUAAAAGUCCAAAGACUCGAAGCUAAACGAUUUGAAUUGCCAACUCUUAAACAACAUCACAAACUUAUUGAAUUUGUAUUCUUCUCUUUAUUAAAUUGAUCAAAUCAAUUUAAAUGAUGAUGGAUACGAUCCGAAUUCAUUAAAAAAAGUCAAUGAUAAUCUUGAAGAUUCCAUUAAAGUUGUCGAAGAUGACAUCAUAAGAUGGAGUUCGAAAUCAGCACUGUUGUCAUCAUUAAACAAGGAUAGCAAAUCAUAAAUGGGGUUCUUGCUCCUAACCCCUAUUGGAUAAUCCAAGAAGGCCUUACAAAAUAUGGAUAAAUUAAGAUAGAAAACUUAGUUGAAGAGACAGAUAUUCAGAAUCUUGGGUGAGGAAGGCUCAGAUUUGAGUGAAACCACCAAUAAACAUAUUUUUGAUGACACUGAUUUUUACUUGGAUUUAUUAAAGGAAACCGUCUCGUUUAACAAUCAAAACCCUACCGAAGAGGCUCUCAAAAAGGAAACUGAAUAACAAGAGAAGGAGAAUAAGGUUGUUGAUAGGAAGGCAUCAAAAAAUAGAAAAAUCAGAUUUGAACCACAUCAAAAAAUUGUAAAUUUCACUUCCAGAAUUGAACCUCCAGUUGAAACCAUAUCCAGGGAAGAAAUUAUUAAAAACCUAUUUGGUUUGACCUCUACGAAUAUUGAACCUCAGGUUUAGAAGAAGAGAAAGCAAAGUAUUCAUGAUGUUAAUUUGAUAUGA